ACCUAAAACUCGCAUAGAUCCCCAUAGAUCCCCUCUAUUUGUCGAGUUAGCGCCCCUGUAAGAUCAUGCAUUUUCGGACACUAGAACGAAAUCUUCCUGCGGAUAUCGCGGUUUCGGUGAUGAUUUAAGGAGAAAUUGACUGUUUUUGGAGUUGUAUGGGACAGAAAUGAGUUCAUACUUCAUGAAUACAUGAAUAUAUUAUGAUAUGGGCGGGCUUCUAAGUCAAAACAAUAACAAACUCAACUGUAUCUCUACUGUAUAUUGCGUAGUGCAUUGCCUAGUGUAUUUCGUAGUGUAUUUUAGCGGAGACAUUAUUUCCGCACUUUGGCCACGCCAAACGUCUUUUUUAUUCGUGGAAGUUAAUCUGCUCUGUAAAUUUUAUUUUACACAGGUAGAAUCCAUACUAGGUAUUGCAAUAUUUCAUGUCUAUUGGUGUUUUUGUGUACAGGAGCGAACCAGACAGUGAGACGUGGAGAUAUGUUCAGUGCUGGUGCUGUCAGUAGACUGAAUCUGAUUGGCCAUAGCGAUCACUAAUAUGGGUCGGGAUCACGUGAUGUGACGUCACCGCGGUAUCCUCCUUGAUUCCCGCAUGAAAUUCGCGGGAAAAUCCAUAUCCAUAUUUGGCAUUGAAAUGCAAAAGUUUAUUUACACCACAUGACCUGCAAUCGUGGAUUGAAAAUAACACCGCGUGAAGCACACAUGUGGGGAAUCCCGGCUCAAAUGUAUUAUUAGAUAGAGUAGGGUCUCCUUCAAGGAAGUAAAUUUUUGGGCGAUUUGGCGAGUUUUUAGCAUUCAACAAACUAGCGUGUAGAUUCACUCUUUGACAUUCAUGUUAUAGUGUGGACUUUCUCGGUGCGGACUGCUUGAUGCAAGAUGUUCAUCAUAUCGACUUUAGUCUAGAGUAACCAGUAGGCUAUCGACUGGCCAGCUAGACACUUGUAAAUAAGAGCAUAUCACUCAACAAAAACCAUAGUGUAGACGUUGUCAUGAUAGUGGUCGAGUCGACUAUUCAUUCAAUUUCAGUUUAUAGUCGGUGUUCCCAAUAAUGGGCUGGUUCGUGAAUGAGUUUCCCAAGUGGGCGUUUUUGUUCUUGUACCAUGCAACCAAUAUAGGACUCUUUAUUGGAUAUUUUAUGAAGUAUUAUCAACAAGAUCAAUAUUAUUAUCUAAGAGCACUGGUUGGGCUUGGUUUACCCUUUGCUCGUGGAGCAGCAGCAUGUCUUAACUUCAACUGUGCACUCAUUUUGCUACCAGUGUGUCGGAACCUCAUCACAUUUGUCCGUGGGUCAUGCUUGUGUUGCAAACGAAAUAUGAGAAGACAGCUGGACAAGAAUAUAACAUUCCACAAGACAGUCGCCUAUAUGAUAUGUCUUCAUACUGCUAUCCAUGCUGGUGCCCAUUGCUUCAAUGUUCAGAACUUGGCUUUAGCCUGGAAUCAUCCUGACAAUAACACAGCUGCUCUGUUAUCAACACUCAGUAGCUUGCCCAGCAGAGCUAAUGAGACUUUCAUCAACUUUAUCAGAAUCCCUAAUGCAGAGCCAACACUUGAGGUGCUCAAGGUGGUGCCAGGUGUCUCUGGAGUGAUCAUCACCCUCAGUCUUAUUCUUAUUGUCACGUCAGCCACAGAAGUGAUCAGGCGAUCCUACUUUGAAGUGUUCUGGUACACUCACCACCUCUUCAUUGUCUUCUUCAUAGGAUGUAUCAUCCAUGGCGUCCAGGGUGUGAUUCGAGGGCAAACUAACCUGAAGGAACAUGACCCACACAACUGUUCCUCUCAGUUCAGGGAGUGGGGUCGAGCCACGGGAUGUCCCAACCCCCAGUUUGGCUCUGGUGGUGCCCAGACCUGGAUGUGGGUUAUUGGUCCAUUUGUUAUUUAUCUUAUUGAGAGAAUAUUGAGGAUGUAUAGAUCUUUCCAGGAAGUUAUUAUCACAAAGGUUGUGAAACAUCCGUCGCGGGUGAUUGAGCUGCAGCUGAAGAAAAAAGGCUUCAGGAUGGAGUCUGGCCAGUACAUCUUCCUCAAGUGUCCCUCUAUAUCCCACUUUGAGUGGCAUCCGUUUACACUCACUUCUAGUCCCCAGGAAGAUUUCUUCAGUGUUCACAUCCGUCUGGUGGGUGACUGGACUGAGGCCUUAGCUAAAGCCUGUAUAGGUAAUGAGAAGGAAAUAAGGCCGACAUCACAACUGCCAAAGUUAGCUGUGGAUGGGCCGUUCGGGACAGCGAGUGAGGAUGUCUAUGAGUAUCAGGUGGACGUAUUAGUUGGUGCUGGUAUCGGGGUGACACCAUUUGCUAGUUUAUUAAAGGAUAUGUGGUAUAAAUACUGUGACCCAGGCUUCGAAAUGAAGGUACAGAAAGUCUACUUCUACUGGAUCUGCCCUGACACAUCUGCCUUUGAAUGGUUCUCUGAUCUGCUCAGCUCCAUGGAACAAAAGAUGGCGGAACAAGGCAAGACCGGCUUCUUUGAGUCCCACAUCUUCUUGACAAGAGGCUGGGAUCCGAACCAGGCACGAAACAUCGUCCUCCAUGAAGAUGAUGAUGAGGAUGCGAUCACAGGACUGCAGCAGAAAACACAAUAUGGUCGCCCACAGUGGGACACUAUAUUCCCCGCCAUUGCGCAGGCCAAUCCAGAGAAGAGGAUUGGUGUGUUCUGUUGUGGACCGAAGACGCUUUCAUCUCAGCUGCACAAACUCUGCAACAUCCAUUCUGAUCCGAGUAGAUACGCCAAUGGGACACACUUCUAUUUCAACAAGGAAAACUUCUGAUGAGUCGGUCGCUCCUCACCAGCUCGGAGAAAACGAAGGAUUCAUCUGCGAAGAAAGGGACUUGGGAGUCAUAGCUAUUUCAACUGAGUUAAGAACAGCUUACCCUUGGAUAAUUUUGAAAGCGUGCAAUUUUAUCCAGCUAACACGCCAUGAGAACAAGUCCCACGUCUAUACAGAUGAUAUAAUACAGAUGUCUAGACAGAUGAUAUAUUACAGAUGUCUAGAUAGAUGAUAUAUUACAGAUGUCUAGACAGAUGAUAUAUUACAGAUGUCUAGACAGAUGAUAUAUUACAGAUGUCUAUAAUAUUGGAAGAUCGUACGUGCUUGCAACUGAGAAGAGGAAAUUCGAAGCUGAUUUAAAAUGCAGUAUUUAUUAAGUUCUUCAAGACUAAAUACAUAAGGUUUUUAUAUUUCUCUACAUUUCCAAUUGAAAGUCUGCCUAUUUUCUUGAUCAUAUACAUUAACAUUCCCAUCUGCGCUUCCUAACAUGCUUCUAACAUCAAACCUAGCACUGGUUAUGAUCGUGUAACUUACAUGAUAUGGCUUUGGAAGGUUCCAAUUAUUAUUGUCUGUGCUAUAUGCAAGAAAUACCAACAUUUUAUUGAUGAAAUCCGCAUACAUGUGUUUUGUACUUUUAUUAAUGUUGUGAUAACCUUUCUAAGCAAUUUAAUUUCAUUCAUAGUGAUUGUACUCUCAGGUAGUCUCUAUUUUCAAAUAAUUUCAUGGUUUUACAUUGAUUCAUGGGUACCCACCUGGUAUCUCAUGUCAACCUGGUUAGCAGGUGGGUACCCACCUGGUAUCUCAUGUCAACCUGGUUAGCAGGUGGGUACCCACCUGGUAUCUCAUGUCAACCUGGUUAGCAGGUGGGUACCCACCUGGUAUCUCAUGUCAACCUGGUUAGCAGGUGGGUACCCACCUGGUAUCUCAUGUCAACCUGGUUAGCAGGUGGGUACCCACCUGGUAUCUCAUGUCAACCUGGUUAGCAGGUGGGUACCCACCUCGUAUCUCAUGUCAACCUGGUUAGCAGGGAUUGAUUUGUUCACUAAGGCCAAGUUCGGCUUCCCUAUAUAUCAAGCUUGAAAGUCGGUUUCAAAUUUAACUACAAAUAGUCAUAAUUAACAAGACAGAAUAAACUAACAUUCAAGCUUUGUAAGAUGCUAUAACAGAUUAGGAAUAUUACAUUUUUAUAAUCGAGGAGCAUGACUGAUUAUAUUUUACAAAUGAUAUUUCUAUAGAUCGAGUAUUUCCCAUCUACACUUGAUGGCUUUACUCAUCAAGGGAAUUGCUACAAUCAACAUGGUACAAAUAUUGCUGCUAAAAUUAAUUAAUUUUGCUAUUCAUGAUGUACACUGCAUGUGUCUCCGUAAGUUGUUGACAAAUCAAAGAUGAAAAUAAAUUGCAUAUCAUAACGAAAACAAACCAGUCAUUUUGUUUUUGUAAAUAUUUCAUGAUUAAUAAUGAGGAAUGAAAAUUUGUGUCAGACUUCUACUUGAACAUAAUUUUGUAUAGUUUCUGCGCUAAAACGGUAGACUAAACAACUAAAAGUAAUCACAGCAUAUUUGAGAUGGCCCUUAAUACUGAUGGGAGACUGUCCGCAUUCUCUCCUGUGUGGUAUGCAUUCUCGACUACUCUUUUCUCCACCUCGCAAAGUAAGGUUUCGUUACUCCUAACCGACUCCAAAGGAGCACUUGACUUUUGGAGUUCCAUGUGAUCAGAGAAUGCAUUAUGUAUGUAUUGGGGAGAAUCCUCAACCAUUCCAAUACCAUGUGCGAAAGCAGUAAAUAGUGCUAUAUGUACUACAUGUAUGUACAAAUAUGAUAUGUCACACUAGUGAUAAAUACAGAGUGAUGGACAUUUCAUGACUGAAAUCUAUGGGCAAUGCGGGAGCACAAAAUAUAAGUAAAAACGAUUUGGUGGGAUCUGUGUAUCCAAGUUUCCAAUGUACUUGGAGAAAGAUGAACCUGUCCAUGCAUACUUCACCCCUAGACCAAACACCAAUGGAUGUUUUACAUUGGUUUAAUGAAGAACUGCGUUUAAUACUGAUUGCAUGCUGAAACUACUGCCCACAAUGUGAGAAAUCACCUUGAUCCAACUGCUUGAAAUGUUGUCCCAAUCUAUACCUCUCAUGGAUUAAACAAAGCCAGGGUCUUAAGCAACAGGACAUCUCCUCCAAUGGCCCGCAGCGAAGACCAAGAUGGUCACAGACAUUUUUCUCUGCAGACAAUCGAGCCAUUUUAGAUGCAAUAACACACUCCUAUUUAUGCGCAAUAGUGGAACCAUUUUAUUAUGUUUCUGAGUGAUUUGAAAUAGAAAACUGUCUGCUCCACCUCAAUAGCUGGAUUUUCAAAGACUAUGGUAAACAUAAGACGCUAGAGUUGUUGGCAUUAGAGUAGUUAGUGAUGUUAUAUUUCACCCUAGCAGGUGGGCCUUGUACUGUCAGGAAAAGCCAACAACUCUAAUAUUGAAGACAGUACUUCAAGCAAUCGAAUCAUCUCCCCCACCCCUCCAAUACGACUAUAUGUGCAGGCUGCACUGUUGAAGAACCUAACCAAUGGUCUUUCGUUGCAUUAUUUGCUUUGUUGGAUUUUCGAUUUGCAGUGUAGCCUAAUUCCUUUUAGUAACCAACAAGGUUGAAUCUGAACCUUAGUGUUUGUGUGGUAGCCUAAACAUGCUAAACGAGCUUAUACGUUUGACAUGGCUUCAUAAACAGUAUCCAUUAUUCAUUCAUGAAAUACUCUUUGUACGUUGAUUUCAGUUUUUUACUGAGUGUGAAUCUGCUGAAUUAUGCUGCUACGGGUCACUGAGCUACGGAUCAACACAAUCGACUGAAUAAGGCACACGUCGUCAUAUCGGUGACGAGCUCACUGCAAGUGUAAAGCGUAUAAUGGAUCGAAGCCUAUUUUAAUGGCCACAUCCACUAACACAUACGUCACUGGAAACAGUGGCAGAGAACAGUGAUCAACUGUAGUAACCU